CAGGCUGGUGGAGCGAGCCGACAGAGGGCAGUGAGCCAGCCGCAGAGGCGCAAACGUAGCAGGGUCCACGCAGGGCGCCGACCUGCUCGGCCAAGGCACCGCCGCGCCCCCCGCGGAGGUCCCGGGGCUGUCGGGCGCGCGUCUCACCUCCAACCAUGGGGUCGGCGGCGCUGGAGAUCCUCGGCCUGGUGCUGUGCCUGAUAGGCUGGGUGGGCCUGAUCCUGGCGUGCGGGCUGCCCAUGUGGCAGGUGACCGCUUUCCUGGACCACAACAUCGUGACGGCGCAGACCACCUGGAAGGGGCUGUGGAUGUCGUGCGUGGUGCAGAGCACGGGGCACAUGCAAUGCAAGGUGUAUGACUCCGUGCUGGCGCUGAGCACCGAGGUGCAGGCGGCGCGGGCGCUCACCGUGGGCGCUGCACUGCUGGCACUUGUGGCGCUCUGCCUGGCCCUGGCGGGCGCGCAGUGCACCACCUGCGUGGCCCCGGGUCCCAUCAAGGCACGGGUGGCUCUCACGGGCGGCGCGCUCUAUGCAUUCUGCGGGCUGCUGGCGCUCGUGCCGCUCUGCUGGUUCGCCAACAUCGUGGUCCGCGAAUUCUACGAUCCGACUGUGCCGGUGUCGAACAAGUACGAACUGGGCGCGGCGCUGUACAUUGGCUGGGCAGCCUCGGCGCUGCUCAUGUGCGGCGGUGGCCUCAUGUGCUGCGGCGCCUGGGUCUACGCCGGCCGCCCGGACCUCAGCUUCCCGGUCAAGUACUCCGCGCCGCGGAGGCCCGCGGCCGGCGGCGACUACGACAAGAAAAACUACGUCUGAGGGCGUCAGACACGGAAGGGCCCCUCGAGCCAGCCGCGCUCACUAGCCGAAGGACUGGCUGGGGAGCUCCGCAGUCCGUCCACUUUGACCGCCACUCGCUGGGCCCUGGGCGGUGCCCUGCCCUGAACAGGCAGCACGCACUCGGGAGGACUUGCUCGGUUUCUUUUUCUGAAGUGCAGGGCGCGGGUUCCUAGGCCAUGUGGGCACUGGACUAACGAUGCCACUUCUCUCCCCGUCCCUUGUGGUCUUGGAGGCUACUGUACUUUCCAGUGGCUUCUGCUGAUUCCAGAGGGGCAGACUGAGGAUCCGGGGCCCCUGGCCUGGCUGCAUGAAGGAUGUGUGUACAGCUGGCCUUUACCCCAUCAGCAGGGCCUGAGCCCAGGGGGAUCAAGAGACUUGGUCUGGACCUCCUUCCCUCAACCCAGCAACUCCCCAAGCGCAAGAGAUCGGGUGUGGGGCUGGGGCCCAGCCCUCCUUUGAAGUUUGGAGGAGGGUAAGAAUUUGUUUAGUAAAUGGUUUGA